CAUCCCUGCAAUUUCCCACAAUACAACUACAUUCCACAUCAACCAACACAAUCUCUUUCUCUUUCUCUUUCUCUAUCCAUUCAUGGCUCUCUCAGCCAAACACUUUUCAUUCCUCUUCUUCCUUGCUCUCUCGUCUUCUCUCCAUGUUCAUGCCCGAGACAUCCAAUUCUUCAGUAAAGUCACCCCCUCCACCACCACCACCACCACCACCAACAAAAACAACAAUGCAAAAGAGACAGUAGUACAAGUCCCCAACAAAGAACAACCUUUGAGCAAACAAGAGCAAGAGCCAAACUUCACCCCUGAUACCCAAAAUGGCUAUGGCCUAUAUAGCCAUGAGUCCGGCUCCGGUCACCUCCCCACCUCCACCACCACCAAAACGACCACUUCUGAACCCUACACCACCACCAACCACCCAUAUGAAACCAAUUCCGAAGAGCCGUACACCACCACCACCACCACCAAUGGAAACACCAACAACAACAACAACAACUAUUACUACAACAAUGAUGCUUAUGUGACUGAGUCUGACCCACAUGGAAUGAGUGACACAAGGUUCAUGGACAGAGGCUACACCACCACCAACACCAACAACAAGGAUGCCUAUGUGUCUGACCCACAUGGCAUGAGUGACACAAGUUUCAUGGACAGAGGCCACAACACCAACAACAAUUACUACUACAACAAGGAGGCUUAUGUGACUGAAUCGGACCCACAUGGCAUGAGUGACACAAGAUUCAUGCACAAAGGCUACACCAACAACAACAACUACUACUACAACAAGGAUGCUUAUGUGACUGAAUCUGACCCACAAGGCAUGAGUGACACAAGGUUCAUGGCCAGAGACUACCCCACAACCAACAAUAACAACAACUACAAUGGUCAACAAGGCUUUAGUGACACAAGGCUCAUGGACAGAGGCUACACCACCCCCUCCACCUCCACUGCCACCACCGUCGCCACCAACAACCACUACAACAGUGCCAACAACUACAAUACCCAGCAGCAAGGCAUGAGUGAUACAAGGUUUUUGGAGAAUGGAAAGUACUAUUAUGACAUGAAGAACGAGAAUAAUUAUGGUGAGGGGUAUGAGAAUUCAAGAGGAGUUUAUGACAAUAACAAGGGGUAUUAUGGGAAUAACAAUGAGAACUCAUAUGAGUACAAAAACUCCAUGGAUGGGUACCAGAUCCAAAAGGAGUUUCAGGAGAGUCCAGAAGAGUAUGUGCCAUGAGCCUCAAUCAACAAUUAAUCAAGUGAUGUUUAAACUUUAAUGUCUUCUUUUCUUUUCUUUUUAAUAUAUAUCUGGUUUAGUAGGAAAAAGUGUUGGUGAGUAUAUGACUAAUUUGUGGGUUGGUUUGCGUUUGCUUUGCAUAGUCUUCAUGCUUUGAAAAGCACAAGUGUGUCUGAUCAGUAUAUGAUUUUGUAUUUGGUGUUGGUGAUGAAGAGUUCAAUAAAUUGUAUAUCUAUUAUUGUGAAGUUUUUGUGA